CCACUGCUCUUGCACAGAGACCAGUUUCUCUCCGGCUAACCAGCUGAAAGGUUCCUCUUUUACUAGGAAGCGAACUAAGAUCCUUUUCAUUCACACAGACACAAGCUAGGUCAGUCGUGGCACGGGGCGUUCGUUACCAAGUUUAACUUAUUUCGUUGUUUUGUUAUUUAAAAAUAAUAGUAAUAAUUGUUUGGUAGAUAUGGCUGAGGGAGUUAAGGGCACAUCAAACGGAGAAGCGCACAUGGACGAGGCGGCUGAUGGCAAUGCCAAUAAUUCUUCGGUAGUCAACGGCCUUCCCGCACACAAAAAAGAGGCUACCGGCUGCAACAUGGACCGGGUGAAGAAAAUCUUCAGGGCUAACUUGCUGGUGAUCCUGACGGUCGCCGGGGUCAUCAUUGGGGUGGUUAUCGGACUCGGGGUGAGGAACGUGGAACUGUCAAAAACCCACAUACUGUACUUCGGCUUCCCAGGAGAGCUAUUGAUCAGGUUGCUGAAAAUGAUCAUCAUUCCCCUGGUGGUGUGCAGUUUGGUGUCCGGUGCCGCCAGUAUCGACCCCAAAGCCCUGGGCAAGUUAGGUGGCUGGGCGAUGCUGUUUUUCUUAGUCACCACUUUAAUCGCAUCCGCCAUUGGGGUGUGCAUGGCUUUGGCUAUCCGACCAGGCGUCGGCGCUGGAGCCAAACCGGUGUUAUCUGGGAUGGAAGAUGCGGUACCCCAGUCAAAAGAAGUGGUCGAUUCGUUCUUGGACCUUGUGAGAAACAUCUUCCCCUCGAACCUGGUGUCUGCUGCAUUUCAAUCGUAUGCCACAAGCUACAGAUUGAUACGAAAAAACAUCACUGAUGAGUUUGGGGUGUCAACCAACACUACUAAAUACACAGUGGAAAAGGUCCCGUUUGGAAAGGAAGUGGAUGGGAUGAAUAUUCUGGGUCUGGUCGUGUUCGCCAUCGUGUUCGGCAUCGCUCUGAGGAAGCUGGGGGAAGAGGGGGAGAUUCUCAUCAAGUUCUUCAACUCCUUCAAUGAGGCCACCAUGGUCCUCGUCUCCUGGAUCAUGUGGUACGCCCCCUUCGGUAUCAUGUUCCUGGUGGCUGGGAAGAUCGUGGAGAUGGAGGACGUGGGCAUGCUGUUCGCCAGUCUGGGGAAGUACAUCUGCUGCUGCAUCUUGGGCCACGUCAUCCACGGGCUUCUUGUGCUGCCCCUCAUCUACUUCGUCUUCACCCGCAAGAACCCCUACAGCUUCCUGUGGGGCAUCUUCACCGCGCUGGCCACUGCUUUUGGGACUUCCUCCAGCUCAGCCACCCUGCCCCUGAUGAUGAAGUGCGUGGAGGAGAAGAACGGCGUCUCGAAGCACAUCAGCCGCUUCAUCCUUCCCAUCGGUGCCACGGUCAACAUGGACGGCGCCGCGCUGUUCCAGUGCGUGGCAGCCGUGUUCAUCGCUCAGCUCAACGACUACUCGCUCAACUUCAUCCAGAUCAUCACCAUCCUGGUGACUGCCACUGCAUCUAGUGUAGGUGCUGCAGGAAUUCCAGCAGGGGGCGUGCUCACUCUUGCAAUCAUCCUGGAGGCUGUGGGCCUGCCCACUAACGACAUCUCCCUCAUCCUGGCUGUUGAUUGGCUUGUGGAUCGAACCUGCACUGUUAUCAAUGUAGAGGGUGACGCCUACGGGGCGGGGCUUCUGCAGAACUUCGUGGACCGGACCUUGGACAAGAGUGAAGUUGCGGAGCUGACCGAAGUGAGGCUAGAGGAAACCCAGCAGAAGAGGACAGCCUCACUCAAAGAGGAAGAGGGCGCCCCCCUAAUCAUGAAGGGGACAAAAGUCACCUUGGAAGGAUUAGAAGCCACAACAUGCGAUAAAGAGUCAGUGAUGUAACUCGAAGGCUGUUGCACCCAGAGGAAAGAGUGGAUCACAUUCAAAGAAAAAAAAAAAAACACACUCAAGACUCUUUUUUUUUUUUUUUUUUUUUUUGUUUUGAAAGGCAAUUUCUUCCCAGCCAUUUCCAAGAUAUACGUGUUGUAAAAACCGAGCAGCAGGGGAAGAAAAACAACAGAUGUUUUAUGAUAAUCUAUUGUUUAUAUUUAUUAGGGGCCACUAAAUUAAACCGUAUAUUGGUGCCCUGCUCACCCCUAGUACAGUUUUUUUUUUUUUUUUUUUUUUUUUUUUUAUGGCGUAAAGAAGUCAUCUUUUUUUUUUUUUAUUUAAAACACCUUUUAUUUAAAUGUAUAUAUUUAUACCCAAGCUGCCCUUAAAUUAAUCCAUGUCAACGUUUUAGAUUUCAAAGUAGAUGUUUAGAUAACUGUAAACUCAUCUCUGACACAAAGUGCAUCAGCAUCCAUUCACUGAAAACAAAAGCAAAAACACUUCAACACAUACCAUUGUCAUGUUAAAACUUAAAGCAGUAGAUGUGGGAGACUUGAUGAUGCUGCUAGACAGACAACUACUUCAACGUUGGAGGCUAAGGACCAGUGGGACUGUUUUAAAGGUUACACACAGCACAAAGAGGUUGGGAUAGUGGCAGAACGCACAAGACUACAGGGAUUCUGCAUGGUCGCUGGUUUGAAUCCCAGUAAUGUCAAACUGGAAUCGCCAGAUAGCGUCCCGUUUUGCAGUUCUUCUGUCAGUCUUUUUUAAUGAUCGAAACAGUGGCGGAUCUGAAUACAAAUGCUACGGUUAAUUUUGUAGACCCACAGUCUCGUAUCUUGCAAAGCGCUUUGUGAUGGCAUACACUGACGUGGUGAAAUUAGGUGUAUACAGUACAUUUUUUACAGCGCCGUUAAGAUCCGCCACAAUUUUAGAUUAUUAAAAUAGAACCUGCGAUCUUCGAUUCCAUAAAAGUGGAUCACGAAUAAACUGAUUAAUUGCAGGUGUGCCAUUUUAAUAUGUUUUUUUUUUUCCUGUAAAAAAUGUUUCGCACUUUUUAAUUUUUUUUUAGCUUCGAUCAUUGUGAGCGAUGUUGAUCUUUUUUUGUUAGGUAAGAGGGAGUGGGGUAUUGCUGUAUCAUUCUCUCCAAAUACAGUAGUUUUUAAAGUGUCAUGUGUACUAUUGUACUCCAGUUUUUGUAAUGUGUAAAUUGUACAGUCUUGCAGCAAGACUUUCUCUAACCAA